CCCCCCCCCAAAAAAAAAAAAUCCGCUGUAAAUUAUUUAUACCCACCGAUAUUAAGUGACAAUGAAAUUACUUCCAAAUAGUUUGUUGUGAACAAAUAUUUUUUUUCUAUUUUACUGAUAAACCUACAAGAAAGCUUUCAACACUGUAGCGCAUUUAGUCGAUAUUUAAAAUUUACCUUUGAUAAAUGCAAGAAACCUACACAUGCAAGAAACCUGACUUAUUCGUGUAUGUAAACGCAUACUUGUAAAGGAAAAUAACAAAUUAAGGCUUAUAAUAUAGUAAUUGUAUAAUUCACAGGGCCUCAGUAAUUAAAAAAAUUAUAGUCACUGUCUCGCAUGUAAAUGUGUGAGAUUGUUUAGGCCUAACACACAAAUGCUUUGAAACUCUUUCAACACUAAAUAAAUAUAAUUAUCCCUACAUACGAGAACCAUUGUUUUUAGUUCCCUCAGUAUCUGUUUCCCUUAUUUUGAUUUGUAAUCAGUUAAAAUGCUUAUAAGGGCGUUAUUAGACAAAUCGCGCGAAAUCAGGGUGGCCUAAAGGUCACAUGAUGAUGAUGACGUUGAAAAGUCCGUGCAGAAUUCGCGCCGUUGAUGUUAAGAUGGAAGGAGGGAAGCGAACAUCACAUGCAGCAGCUAGGCUGAUAUGCAUAAUAUUCAUUGUCAUUAUUGAGUUCUACACAUGUGUUGAAACUAGAUGUCCGAGAUGUCCGUCCAGUCAUGGUUUGGUCAAUUGCGCUCUCUACGUACAAAGCAACUGUGUUGCCGUCGAUGUCAAUGUCCAGAUACGCGAAAUUCGGGUUGCAAAGUGCGAUGUAACCAUUGUCGUCAACGGAAAGGCGCCGUUUCCAGUAGUGCGGAGCAAACAGGGAACUCAAUGCCAUGAUCAUGAAUUCGUAUAUCACAAGGAAUCAUCUGUAACUGAGGCACCUACAUCUGUAACUGAGGGACCUACAUCUGUAACUGAAGGACCUACAUCUGUAGCCGAGGGACCUACAUCUGUAGCCGAAAGACGAGCCCCCACAUUUUGGCACAGAAUUCAAUUGUCACUCAGUGAUGUGGGAACUGCUGAGGGACCUACAUCUGUAGCUGAAGGACCUACAUCUGUAACUGAGGGACCUACAUCUGUAACCAAGGGACCUACAUCUGUAGCCGAGGAACCUACAUCUGUUGCUGAGGGAUAUAGAGCUACAUCUGAGCCCCCCACAAGUUGGCACAGAAUUCAACAAUCACUAAGUGAUGUGGGAACUGGAUUUCUGGCUUGGGCAGUUGCAGUUACAUCAUUAAUCAUAUUUUUUGGGCUGAGGAAACUUGUAAAGUUUUUGAUAAAUCGCUGCUGCCCGGAACUUAACAUUUCGGAUAUACAUUUGUUGUCACCAUCAUCAUACACAACUUCAGCAGACACAGACACACCUCAACAACCUAGACAACAAGCCGCUCAGCAAGGACAACACGCCCCCGCUCCCCAGCCAGGACAACAAGCCCCCGCUGUUCAACCGGCACAACAAGCCCCCGUUCCUCAGCCAGGACAACAAGCCCCCGCUGUUCAACCGGCACAACAAGCCCCCGCUCCCCAGCCAGGACAACAAGCCCCCGCUGUUCAACCGGCACAACAAGCCCCCGCUCCUCAGCCAGGACAACAAGCCCCCGCUGUUCAACCGGCACAACAAGCCCCCGCUCCCCAGCCAGGACAACAAGCCCCCGCUGUUCAACCGGCUCAACAAGCCCCCGCUCCUCAGCUAGGACAAGUCCCCGCUGUUCAACUGGGACAACAAGCCCCCGCUGUUCAACCGGCACAACAAGCCCCCGCUCCUCAGCAAGGACAACACGCCCCCGCUCCACAGCAGGGACCAACUACUAGAAGCAAAACAGCAAGAAAGAAACUAAUGUUUGAAAGUCAGUAAGAUUUAAUAUUUUGAUGAAUGUAUAGUCUGUACUUUUAUGAAGUAUGAAAAUUUGAAAUUUUGAUGACGUUGUAUCAAGUAAUUUUUUUAAUGAAUGUACAUGUAGUACAAUGGUAUUGUUUAAUUAAGGACAUUGACUCGUUAUUUUUUCUGUUGUGUUUUCCUAGGGUUGCUUUUUAUGGUUUUUUUUGUAUUUUUUUUUAAUUUUUAUUUUAUGCGACAGUUUGUCUUUUACUUGAAUACUGAUGAAAGGAAAAUUUUAACUCCUGUCUUUAUUUGUUGAUUAGUAUUAUGAUUUACACAUGACAGUGAUUAUUUGGUGAUUUUUGCCAUGCGCAAUUGAUGUUAAAUGAUGUUUAAGCUUUUUUAUUUUUUUAAAACUGAUAAUUGUGAUUUACACCUAACAUUGAUCAUUUGCUUAUUAUAAUUGUGAUGUUUAAGUUAUGACAUUAGGGUUAAUUGGUGUAGAACGUAUUCCUAUAGAAUAAUAUUUAAUAUCCAAUAUUUAUAGAUUACAAUCCUUAAUAUUAUUUACCUGAUAUACAA